CUGCAGGGCAGCGCCCCUGAGCAUGUGCAGAGUGCAGAAAUCCAUAUAUAGCAAAGUAGGCAUAUGUUGCCACCCCCGGGCUUCUGGGCACGUACAGAGUGCAUCCCCCCCCAACAGUAGGGUAGGGACAGUCUGCUCUCGCUUGGGUUUCUGGCCACGUGCAGAGUGUAUUUUGCUAUAGACAGCAAGGCAGGCACAAGUCGGUUCCCAGGGUUUCUGGGCACGUGCAGAAUGUAUUGCCCCAUAGAUAACAAGCCGGCCUGAUCAGUUGCCCGCAGGCACCAUGGCUUCCGGAGGGGACUAUCUGGACGACAUCUCUCCGGACUGGGCCGGCACCAGCCUCGUAGACCUCACCUCGCCUGAGCUGGUGAAAAGCAGCACCUCCAUGCUGGACAGUGGGGAAGAUUUUGAAGUCCUCAAUAAUGAUGAUGCUGAAGAGGAAGAAGACGGGGACUUGAGUGGCCUGCCCCCACUGGAGGACGUCCCUGCCGGCGGGGUCAAGGACAGCAGGCAAGGACCGGCCUGUGAGCUCCCUGCCCCAGAAGAGUCCAAGGCGACGGAAGAGGCACGAGAGUGGCUGGAUGUAUUAGGGAGCGGCUUGUUGAAAAAGAAAGUCGUUGUCCCAGGUCAGGGCCGGGAGAGUCGGCCAGUCAAGGGCCAGGAUGUCACCGUACGGCUCAAAGCCAUGUUGGAAGAUGGCACGGUGGUAGAGGAGAAUCCUGAGCUCACCUUCACAUUAGGGGACUGUGAUGUCAUCCAGGCCCUGGAUCUCUGCGUUCAGCUGAUGGAGAUGCGAGAGCGGGCACUUAUCAUUUCGGAUGCGAAAUAUUGCUUUGGCUCACAGGGGAGGAGCCCGAACAUCCCCCCCGACUCGUCCUUGGCCCUCGAAGUGGAGCUGCUGGUGGCACGGAAUGCCCCCGAUUUGGAACUCCUCAGCGGGAAGGAGAAAAUUGAGCUGGCUAACCGGAAAAGGGAGCGCGGCAACUUCUACUACCAGCGAGCGGAUUACAUGCUGGCCAUCAACUCCUACGACAUCGCCCUGAAGAUCGUCAGCUCCAGUUCAAAAGUGGACUUCAGCCGGGAGGAGGAGGCGGAGCUGGUCGAGGUGGAGAUGAAAUGCCUGAACAAUUUGGCUGCGUCCCAGCUUAAACUGGACCAUUAUGAGGCAGCCCUGCGGUCUUGCAACCAAGUGUUGGAACAACAGCCCGACAACAUUAAGGCGCUUUUCCGGAAGGGAAAGGUCCUGGCCCAGCAAGGCGAAUACAGAGAGGCCAUCCCCAUCUUGAAAGCCGCUUUGAAGCUGGAGCCAUCUAAUAAGACGAUCCACACGGAGCUCUCGAAGCUGGCGAAAAAGCACGCUGACCAAAAGAAUGUGGAGACAGAAAUGUACCGUAAGAUGCUGGGGAAUCCAGAGUCCAGCAGCCCCAAGUCCAAGUGCAAAGACAAGUCAUCGCGGUCGAUUCCGUGGAAGUGGCUGUUUGGCGCCACCGCUGUCGCACUAGGAGGCGUGGCCUUGUCCGUCAUCAUAGCAGCCAGGAACUAGCCCCGUCUGUGAGUGGGAACUGUGAGGCGCCCGAUCUGAAGACCAGCUGCCCCUUUUAUCUAUGCCCCCCCCGCACCGUGCACCUGGCCCUCGAUGACUGGUACGCAGUUCCGGACUGUGAGUUGGGGGGGCGGCAGCCAUUUUUAGUUGACGCAGAACGCCAAUGAACCACUUUGCAGGAGAUGCCCCCGUGCCAGGGGAUGGAUGGAGAAUGUUGGGGGGGGGGGUUGCGCUGUGACUGCAAGGAUGGAAUAACAGGAACGCAAAAGGACCUGAAUGUUGCUGGUAUCUUUUUUUUUAGCAGGAAAAUUGGGCUGUGCUGAAUGUUUCACUCUUUUAACAUGUCUCCCACCCACCCCAGUGCCCUUUUGGUUCUUAAUUUUUGUUUCAGGGUGGGAUUCACAAGGAAAAAAGGGAAGCCAGUGGGUUGCCGGGAGAAGGUACACUGAAACGGACUUCUGCAGUGAGACAGGGUUUUGUGCGGGGGGGGGGGGUUGGCUUUAGUUCAGGUGCAAAGAACCGAAGCGGCUGUUUUGUUUAGGACUUUUUGAGAGUCGCUCCAGGGGCCGUCCCAACGGCUCCCCCUCCUUCAAAACCUUAGAAAGGCCUCUAUCCAGGCAGGCCUGACGCGCUCACAGCUGUGGAUCUGGACCCUGUUUUCUGGCUCGACUGAAUGCCGGCGUACAUGCCGGGCGCCUUGCCCUUUCCUCUGGGUGUCCGCCCACAGCACGCUUUUGGCCAGGGGAGGAGAGUGCAGGUGGGCGUUAUCUCCCCCCAUCAUCUGCUCGAGGCCAAACGAUGGGGGCAAGGCGGCCAUCAAUUCCUGCUUCCCAGUUUUGCCCACAACUCUUCCUCGCCCCUGUAUCCUUCCUGCUGCCUGCCUUACGACGGCAUUCUUGGCUACCCGAACGCCAGCCACUCUGGCUUCACCCGGAUAGCGCCCUCCCCCGGCAAGAUGGUACAUCAUUUAUUAUUAUUAAUAGUACUUUGGCCUCUGUCAGGUUUUCAACUGUGAACACCAACUACCCCCCACCCCAUUCUCUAAUAAAGCAAAUCUCUCAGCAGUGGACAA